CGGAGCGGGCGCUCGGUGCGGGCGGUCACCGCCGCUCUCGCCAUGCGGGCGCUGCUGCUCCCCGCGCUCCUGCUCCCGGCGCUGGCCGCCGUGCGCGGCGCCGCCACGGCUCUGGGUGACGUGGACCAGGUCCGGAUGACCUCCGAGGGCUCCGACUGCCGCUGCAAGUGCAUCCUGCGGCCGCUCAGCAAGGACGCCUGCAGCCGCGUCAGGAAUGGCAGCGCGCGCGUGGAGGAUUUCUACACCGUGGAGACGGUGAGCUCAGGGGCUGACUGCAAGUGCUCCUGCACCGCGCCCCCCUCCUCACUCAACCCCUGUGAGAAUGAGUGGAAGAUGGAGAAGCUGAAGAAACAGGCCCCUGAGCUCUUCAAGCUGCAGGCCAUGGUGGACCUGCUGGAGGGAACGCUGUACAGCAUGGACCUGAUGAAGGUGCACUCCUACAUCAGCAAGGUGGCGGCGCAGAUGAACACGCUGGAGGAGACCAUCAAGACCAACCUGAGCAGGGAGAAUGACUUCAUGAAGGAGAGCGUCCAGCACCUCACCGAGCAGAUGAAACGCUACGAGAACUACUCUGACAUCAUGAUCAGCAUCAAGAAGGAGAUCUCCAACCUGGGCUACCAGCUGCUGCAGAAGGAUGCGGCUGUCGUCCCCGAGAGCAAGGCACAGGACACGACAGGAGGCCGAGAGAAGGAGGCGGGACGGUACCCCAGCACCCGCAAGGCUCUGGGGGACAGGGCAGGCCCCCGAGCGCCCAAGGAGAAGCCGCUGAAGCCCGAAAAGCCCAAAAAGGAGAACACCAAGGCCAGGGCGGGGUCCCAGCCCACGGCCAAGCCCAAGCCCCCGGCACAGCAGCAGACUGUGGUCCGAGGCAUCACCUACUACAAGGUCGGGCAGGCGGGAGCGGCGGAGGGUCCGGCCGGCGGCCGCGAGAGCUCUGUGAGAGGGGCAGCCGCGUCAGAGCAGCAGGAGGACAGGGGCCCCCCGCCCCCCUCAGCUGAGGGCACCCCAGCCCAAGCUGUUGCACGGGCAGAGAGCACCAUGCCCAGCACCACGGCUGUGCCCAGCAGUGCCCCGGCCCCCCGCAGCACCGCCCGCAGCCCCACCGGCCCCGGGCAGGGCGCCGAGCGCACCGGGGACCCCGAAACACCGAACAGAGUGAAGGAGGCGGAGUGCGAGGGCACUAUCGAGUCCGUGGAGCCCCCCACGGAGCACCACAGCUACGGGCGCAAUGAGGGGGCCUGGAUGAAGGACCCAGCAGCCAAGGAUGACCGCAUCUACGUCACCAACUACUACUAUGGGAACAGCCUGGUGGAGUUCAGGAGCCUCGACAACUUCAAGCAGGGCCGCUGGAGCAACCUCUAUAAGCUGCCCUACAACUGGAUUGGCACCGGGCACGUGGUGUACAAAGGGGCCUUCUACUACAACCGUGCCUUCACCAAGAACAUCAUCAAGUAUGACCUGAAGGAGCGGUACGUGGCAGGCUGGGCACAGCUCCAUGAUGUGGUGUACGAGGACACGACGCCCUGGAAGUGGAGGGGCCACUCGGACAUCGACUUCGCCGUGGAUGAGAGCGGGCUUUGGGUCAUCUACCCCUCGGUGGACUAUGACUACUCCCAGCAGGAGGUGAUCGUCCUCAGCCGACUUGACCCCGUGGACCUCUCGGUGCGCAAGGAAACCACCUGGAAGACGGGGCUGAAGCGCAACACGUACGGGAACUGCUUCAUCAUCUGUGGCAUCCUCUACGCUGUGGACACCUACAGCCAGAAGGAAGGGCAGAUUUCCUAUGCCUUCGACACGCACACAGACACGGAGGCAGAGCUCCGACUGCCCUUCCUCAACCACUACUCCUUCACCACGCAGGUCGACUACAACCCCAAGGAGAAGGUGCUCUAUGCCUGGGACAAUGGCCAUCAGAUGACGUAUGGGCUCCGCUUCGUGGUCUGAGUGCCCGGGCGGGUCCCACUGCACUCCUGCGCCGUGCCUGGCUGGGGCACCCUGACGCAGCCUGGCCCUGGCACCCCAGCUCCAGCCAGGGCUGUGGCAAGAGCCCGGCUUCCACCCCAAAACCUUCCCCAUCUGCUAUGGCCGUCGCCUGCACCGUGCCCACUGCGCUGCAGGGCAGGGAGAGCACAUGAGAGCAGCCCCCAGCAGACACCCCUGUGACAACGUGGCCCCCGGGGCCGUGGCAGCUCGGCCAGCAUCGCCUUCCCUGGGACACAGAGAGGAGCCCAGCCUGCAUCCCUCUGCCUCUGCAGCAGCGCACUGAGCGCUUCCCGCACUGCGCCCAGCCCGCCGGGGCCGCGUGUGCCACCGCUGCCACCGUGCCAGCACCGGGACAGCCCCGUGCCCUGCCCGCGCCCAGCCCCGUGGGCCCCCUCACUGCCAGGCGCCAGGAACAGGUGCCAGUCGCUAUUUUAGGAAGUGUGGUUAAGAUGCCUUUGCUUUUGCUGACCAUGAGUUUGUUAUUUAAAUGCAUUCACUGGAGCCCUGUAAGUCCCCUUCGGCAGCAGGCGGGGAGGAGCGUGCCUGGAGUGCCCUGCUCGAACAGACACCCGCACACCUGCCCGCACGCCUGCCCUCAGCCCGCCCUCAGCCCUGUCCUCACCUCUGCUCUCACCUCUGCCCUCACCUCUGCUCUCAGCCCUGUCCUCACCUCUUCCCUCACCUCUGCUCUCACCUCUUCCCUCACCUCUGCUCUCAGCCCUGUCCUCAGCCCUGCCCGCACUCAGCACGGGGCAGGGCAGCCUUGGGCCUCUCACUCUCUGUGUGAGGCAGAGCGAGGGGCUGUGAGCGCUUGGCUUGGUUUUGGUCAUUUUAGACAUGAACAGUACUAAAACAUAACAGAUGUGAGAGCGG